CACUCUGACUGUCCUUCUGUCACACACACACACACAACCACACACACACAUUCUGUGCCACACAGUUUGUAACAGAGGUUUCUCACAGAAACUCACACGCACACGUCUUUCUGCUUUACAUACAACAUCACAUUGGUCGCCAAUCAUCCAUCCAUCAUGCACAGCAAAGAACAGAUCAGUCACGAUGAAUACCAGAAGACAGCUGAUUGGUUGAUGUCUCAGACGAGGCACCGCCCCCAGGUGGCGAUCAUCUGCGGGUCCGGACUGGGCAUGCUCGCUGACACCCUCAAGUGUCAGGACACCUUCGCAUAUGCUGACAUCCCGGGCUUCCCACAGAGCACAGUUCAGGGUCAUGCAGGUCGGCUGGUUUUCGGGGAGCUGAAAGGGAAGUCGUGUGUUUGCAUGCAGGGUCGCUUCCACAUGUAUGAAGGACACUCACUGCUCAAGACAACGUUUCCAGUUCGGGUCUUCAAGCUGUUGGGAGUGGAGACUCUGAUUGUGACGAAUGCAGCCGGCUCAUUGGCUGACGGCCUCAAGCCUGGUGACAUCAUGAUCAUCAAGGACCACGUUAACUUCCCGGGAUUGGUCGGUCUGAAUCCACUGAGCGGACCCAACGACGACAAGUUUGGGCCACGUUUCCCAGCCAUGUCUGGUUGCUAUGACAAAGGUCUGAGAUGCCAAGCGAUGGAAAUCGCCAAAGAACUGGGCGUGGCCGGACUCAUGCAGGAGGGUGUGUACGCCAUGGUGGGCGGACCGAACUUUGAAUCCAUUGCAGAGGCCCGACUGCUGCAUCGACUGGGGGUGGACGCUGUCGGUAUGAGUACAGCUCCCGAGGUUGUGGUGGCAACUCACUGUGGUCUGAGAGUCUUCGGUCUCUCUCUGAUCACCAACAAGGUGGUAAAGUGUUAUGAGGACACGGACAGCGUGAACCAUGAGGGCGUCCUGGAAGUCGGCCGACUGCGCUCAAAGACUGUACAGCAGCUGGUGACUGAAUUGAUCGGCAGGAUGGAGAUCAACAACAACAACACAACUAAUGCUGUCUAAACACACACACAUAAACACUCUGUAUAUAACUGAUUGUUGUAUUACUGCAUUUUUAAGAGCUUUUUAAAAACAUUUUAAUAAUCAUCUUUCAUGUCAUUUUGUCAUGGCUGUAAUUUAAAAACCUUAUUUAUACCAAAAAGUUUGCUAAUAAUUUUCUAUCAGGGUAGUUGAAUGUAAGUAUUCAUUUAUGAUAUUUUAUGAGUCAUACAGAUUAAUAUAAUGUUGACCUUUGUGGUUUUAAGGUGCUAUAAUAUAAAAUGUGCGAGACAGAGACUUUUCUUAAGAUUAAAACAAUGAUUGAAUAAAUAAAACAUGCUGUCAAUCCUC